UGGCAUUAAAUCAGUUGACUGAUCAAAAUGAAAUUGUCCAAAAUUUAAAGACUAUCAACAUUAAAUUGCAGGGCUUAUACAGAUUUGUAGAUUCUCUUAAAUCGAACUUUAUGAUCUUAUUCGAGUAUCAAAUUAAAUUAGCGGUAUUUUUGGUGCCUUUCGCUCUAUUUCAAAUCUUUCAAUCGCUGUAUCGCCUCGAAGUCAAUACGGAGUUUAUUGCUUUUCUAUUCUCCUGCACUAUUCGUUUAUUUUUGUCUUGUUACAACGGCAAUCUUCUAGUUCUUGUGGGUAUGAAGCUUAGAGAAUCAAUUUACUGCUGCGGUUGGGAGAAACAAUCUAACAUAAAAAUAAGGAAGACUGUAUUGUUUAUGUUGACAAGAUGCAAUAAUCCGCCCAGCAUAAGAUCUGUUUUCUAUCCAGUUAACCUCGAAACAUUCUCUGAGGCGUGCCGGCAAUCAUACGCUAUAUUCAAUAUUAUGAACGCAGCGUGGUCCUAACCUCUGAAAUGUAGAUUACAAAUGUCAUGUAAACUUUUCACGUUUACAUUAGUGAAACACAUGUUUUUGCACGAUCUAACUGCGUUACGCUUAAAGUUUUGUCAUACAAAAAAUAUAUGUCUAGACUCUCUAGUCAAGUUGUAUGUUUAGCUUUGUUUAGCCUCUUACUAUAAAUAAAGAAU